CCCGGGCCGGCGGCAGGCGGGGGGCGCCCGGCCCCGUGAGGCGACGGCGGCGGCGGGGACCCCUCAGCGGUAUUCCGCCUCUUGACAUUUUGCAGACGAUGCAUCUGCCUGCACGUACGCCUUCCCUUCGUUCUCAGCUAAAGACCAAACUGUCUUCAAACCCCAUGCCUUCCUGGCUCGGUUAAAGUGCUGUGAACCUACAGAUUAAGCAAGAGGAAAGGGAGGCAUGCUGUGAGUUACCCUACCUAUGGAGCAGCGUCCGUAGCUGGCACGCAGGAGGAGAAUGAGUGCUCUAAAUGGAUUUUCCCAGCACUCAGGGGCAUGUGUUACUCAGAGCACCGGAGGUGGAGCAGUACAGGACCUGCAGGCUAAAAAAGCUGGCAAAGCGGCGAAGAAGGAGGCCAGUGGCAAUGGCGUGCUUACCUUUGAAGAUCCUCGACGUGUAGACACCUCUUUAAAUGAAACCAUAAAGCUUCUACCGGAUGAACUCAAAGCUAAUAUGAAAAUUAAAUCAGUCACCCCAAGGCCUCCUAGGAAACCCCGACUGGAGCGUGCGGCGUCUCUGGAUGAGAAAAACUGGAGGAGGUGGAGGAGGUUUAGAACUAGUCAGGAAAGUCUGACAGAUCCCAAUGAGACGAGCUCCUCAAACGGUUCUCUGCAGGAAGCGUCCCUCAGCCCUCCCGUCAGGGGCAGAGCAACCCCCUGCAGUCAGUGUUGCGAGCCGAAUUCCUUGCACAGUUCACCAGAUGCCUCAGAAGCCAGUCCCAUGGGGAAAAGCAGAGGAAGCACUUCGGACCUGGGGAAAAGAGCCUCCGAGAUCUCCAGUGCCUUUGGUGGGCUUCUGCGCGGGAAAGCGUUUGCAGGCAGCAAACCCCGGCUGUCCCAAAUAAUGCCGGCUCGACCUCUGCCACCCAUGGAGCUCAACGUGGCCUCUCACACGCUGAGGACAGCUAAUAGGAUUGACUCAGAUUUUAUGGAUUAUCGCCAUUAUUCUCAGCACAAGUUUGGGAGGGUGAGCAGCAGCUUGAGCGAUACCAGGCUACACGGCAAUGGGAUGGUCUACGAUAAUUGCUCCACAGACUCCAUGAAAUCCACGUUCAGCCUGCUCACCCCCAUUCGUUCCAAGGAUGUCCGGAGCAGAAGCUAUUUGGAAGGCAGCCUUCUGGCAAACGGUGCCUUACUGGGAGCAGAAGAGCUUAGCAGAUAUUUCCCUGAUCGGAAUAUUGGAAUUUUUGUGGCUACCUGGAACAUGCAAGGUCAGAAGGAACUUCCAGUGAAUCUGGAUGACUUCUUGUUACCAACAGAUCCUGACUAUGCCCAGGACAUGUAUGUCAUCGGAGUUCAGGAAGGCUGUCCAGACAGAAGAGAGUGGGAGAUCCGCCUGCAAGAGACACUGGGCCCCCACUAUGUCAUGCUCUACUCUGCUGCGCACGGAGUGCUCUACAUGUCGGUCUUCAUUCGAAGGGACCUGAUCUGGUUCUGCUCAGAAGUGGAAUAUGCCACAGUGACAACUCGAAUUGUGUCUCAGAUCAAAACCAAGGGAGCUCUGGGAAUCUGCUUCACGUUCUUUGGGACCUCCUUUCUCUUCAUUACCUCCCACUUCACAUCUGGAGACAGUAAGGUGAAUGAGAGGAAGCUGGACUACAAUAAAACCAUUCAAGCACUUACACUUCCCAAGAAUGUUCCGGACACAAAUCCGUAUCGAUCCAGCUCUAGUGAUGUCACAACUCGGUUUGAUGAAGUGUUCUGGUUUGGAGACUUCAAUUUCCGACUAAAUAAGGAUCGUGAAACUGUGGAUUCCAUCUUGAACCAGAACCCAGAAACAGGCGUGUCCAAACUCUUGGCAUAUGACCAGCUUACCAGUGAAAUGAGUAGAGGGUCUAUUUUCAAAGGAUUCCAAGAGGCUGACAUUCGUUUCCGUCCUUCCUACAAGUUUGACAUAGGAAAAGACAGCUAUGACACCACCUCCAAACAACGGACUCCUUCCUACACAGAUCGAGUAGUGUUCCGCAGUCGGUACAGAGAUGACAUCCAUGCUGUCAAGUACUCAUCGUGUCCUGUGAUCAAAACUUCGGACCAUCGGCCUGUGUUUGCGUUGUUCCGUGUGAAAGUGAGGCCUGGCAGAGACAAUAUUCCACUUGCUGCAGGGCAGUUUGACAGAGAGCUCUACUUAAUCGGAAUCAAGAGGCGGAUUACAAGGGACGUUCAGAAUCGACGAGUGCAAAAGGACCAAAAAUCCAGCAGCAUAUGUAGCAUUUCCUGAGCUGAAAACUGCGACGCUUGUGUUAGAGGUACCCGGAAAGAAGAUUUCAGGCCACGGCAAAAUCUGCAGGGAAUUGUCUGCCUAAGCACCUCUGGCAGUUGCUGUGGCUUGUGGAGAAAGUCUUAAAUCUCAUCCUGGAUUCAUUUGCAUGAGCUAAUCCAUAUAGCUCAAGUGCUUUUGCUGAAGAAAAUGGAGUCAGUUAUUUAGGACAUCCAUUCCAACAGAUGCAACUGAUUUAUUUUUAACCAUGCUGUCUUUGGAAGCAACCAGAUGCAGUCUCUUGGUUCUAAGGUAACUCCACACAGGAUGUACAGCUCUUGGAAUUGGCAUGACUGGGGGCAGGGGACCUAAGAAAAACCCGCAGAAAGGCAAACGUUUUGUUUUGUCUGUUUGAUUUGGUCUGGUAAGCCCACACAGGUUGUGGGGUUGUUCUUUUUUUCCUUAUCUGUAGCCAAAUGUGCAGUAUUCUGUCAAUGCGUAAUGGGGACCAGUCAGGGGACUUGGGCCAUUUUGUGUCAGGAUGGUGCUCCUGUGCAGGGCUUUUUGGUCCUCUACAGCAAGAUCUGUGUGAAUGUACCACUGUACGUUCAAGGUGUGUAAACAUUUGCCUUUUUUAAUAAUUAUUCCAUAGGCCUUCUGUUGGGGAGGGAGGGUAAAUAUCAAUCUCUUGCACCCUAUCUUUGGCUGUUGAGAUUGCUUGAGGCAAUCCUGUCUUUAAAUAGUUUCCCCUCCGCAGGGGUGAUAAAACACUACCUGCCUUCAGCAGCAGGAUGCUUGAAGUAAAAACAAGGGUUUAAAUACAGCUACUGCAUAAUGCUCCACCAAAAUGGUUCGAGAUGUUAACUGAGUACCAAGGAUGGAUGCAGAGAAACUGCAGCAAGUGAAAUCAGUGCAAUUUGUUACCUCUGAUGAGUUACAUUUCCUUUAUUUGUCCCCAUUCAGUGAACUGUGAAUAACUUGCUCUUUUCCAAGUAGUGUUGUUUAAAGGCUAAAGAUACCCCAUGGACCAGUGUGGCACUGGUAAAAUGUAAGUACAGCUAAUUCUUAAAGUCUUUAUAGGUACAGAUUGGCUGGAUCAUAAUCACCUCGGUACAUAACACCAUGCAAACAAUUGGGAGGAAGUGCUGCUAACUAUGCAACCUGUCCAAGACAGAGCUUCUGUUCUGCGGUACAAACAUUUAUGGCACUGACUUGUCUGUAGCCAUCAGAGAUUUGGAUUUCCUUUCUUUUUUAAAGGAAUAUAAAUAAAUUACUAUGGUACCUUCAAUGAGAGCCAGGUCUUAUUGCAGGGCAUUGUGACUCUGAUGCGUGCUAACGCUUUGGGGGACCUUAGGGCAUUUUCCUUUGGCUGGAAGAGAGGGGUUGGUUUUGCUCAACCCAAGUACCAACGGAGGGCAUUUCACCUGCCAGUUCAAGAAACCUCACCCUUCACUGAUGAAUUUCAGAACUCUGGCUACUUACUCCAGUGACUUCAAGGGCUCUUUAUUUUCUUUAAAAACAUACACAACAACUGAAUGAGACUUCCAUACUGUGGGUUCUGUAAGAAGCAACACCUUUUCUUCCAAUUGCAUAAAGAAAGGUACGGUGAUAAAGCAGACCAUAGCUGCCUCAUAGUGUUCUGCUCCCAAUUUCAUUGUUCCUUACAAGACACACCAAGUCCGUGAAAUGCUGCAAUGCAGCUGCCUACAUUUUUAAGCCCCUGUAUUAAGGGAUUAUGUAAAUCAAAACGUUUUAUCUUCUCUCUUCUGGGUCUCCAUGCUUCAGUUUGAAAUUAAGUGGCAAAUAUUUGUCCUCUCUUUACGUAACAUGAUGGCAGUCCCAUGGCAGUCACUUUUGGUAUCACAAGCUUCCUCAACAUUGUUGAUCUUAACUGCUAGCUAGCUGGGCUCCAUUGCUGCUGUUAAAACUGAAAGAUCUGUCUUUCUGCAAGACCUUAAGUUAAUCGUAUAACAAUUUGAAGAAAAGUAGGGUACAAGUUUAAGGUGCAGCAGCAGCGACUCCUUUGAAUAACAAUUCAGGCAUAAAAAACCUUCUACUCUUUUGCAUAAUUCACUUUCAAGUAACAAGAAAAUUACUUUCAGGCUAGAGUGAGUGUCCACUGUAGCAUUAUGUAUAGUACCUCCAUCUAUGAACUCCCCAGGAAGUUAUGCUAUAGGUCUACUUUCCUCUGAGUUCUAGCAAAGUUAAGUUAUUCCCAGACAUACGAUGUCUUAGAGUAUUCCAGAGGGUAAAUUACACAGAACUGAUCCAUGAUGUUUGUAACAGAACCUGGACUGCGGGAAACUUGUUGCCUGAUUUCAGAUGGAUAACAACUAUUUUCCUAACUCACUUUGACCAAAUACUUGUUCCCCUCUGUAACAGCUGUAAAUUGUCUCUGAAUUCAGGUAUGUGAGUCCAAGCCUUUUAACAGCAGCCUUCCUCUGGCUCAUCCAAAGCCAGAAUGGGCUGAGAAGCCCAACGUAACGAGCCCUUCACAGACCAGUGUUCUGAAGCAGCUUUGCUCAGCUGUAGCAUAGCUCCAUGUUUGCACAGUAUGCCUGGAAAGACUGGGGAAGGAGUGGAGUCACAGCAGUAUUAUAAAUCAAAAAAAA